AUGGACUCGACUCCGGCUCCUGCCUCCACGACCUCCGCAGCCCCUGGUCCUGGCUCCCGUUUCCAGGGAGACGGUGUCCGCUACAAGGCCAAGCUGAUCGGCAUUGAUCAUGUGACCAGCGGCGACGCCGGAAAGUCCUGCGUUGACUCCAUGAUGAAACUCAAGGGUUUCGAGGCGGCCUUUCGUAAACAGGGCCGACACAAGCAGCGCGUGUGGCUGAAAAUCUUCUCCGGAGGACUCAGGAUCCUGGACGAGAAGACGGCGGCUGAGAUGUACGUCCACGAGCAGCACGACAUCAGUGCAUUGACCCGCGACGACUCGGACCCCAGAGCGCUGGCCUACGUCCACAAACACACAGACAACUUCUACCUGUUCUACCUGCGCAUGGCUAACCUGGCUGAACCGGUUCUGAACGACAUCAGGGAGGUGUGCAGAGACCAGCAGCAGAACCAGGGUUCAGUCCCGGACCCCCCCACUGAGGCCCCGCAGAUCUCUGCCUUGUUGGUCGUGGACGAGGCCUCCACACGAACACAUGAGGAGCCAGCUCUGGAGAACGUCUUCAGCCCUCGACCUGAUGGAAAACCGGCCUCCUCUGAGUUGAUGGAAGUCUUCGCGGUUCCUCUCGGAGAUCCCAUCGAGCCGAGUGUGUGUCCCUCCGCUGUGGCCCUCUCUGAACCAGAUCCGGAGCCGCCCAGACCCGCCCUGUCCAACUCUCAGAUUCUGUCCAUGUUCACUCCACCCGCCCUGUACCCGCCCCCCGGCUGGGCUCCGCCGGGCAUGGUGGCUCCUCAGUGGGCGGGUCCUGUGGCUCCGUGGCCCAAUCAGACGGCAGCCUGGCCCUCAGCUCCGCCCACUCCUGUGACGAGCGCUGCGACCGUGAGCGCCUCAGCUGCUGCAGAGGCACAGCGCCCCCUGCUGAUGUUCCCCCCAAGGGGGGCCUCCCUGGUCCCCUCACCCUCCUCCCACAGAAAGGUUUCCCCCCAGGGGGCCUCCCCCUGGGUAUCCCUCACCUCCCUCCACAAGAGGUCCCUGAUCUACAGUCUCAGUCCCCUGGGUCCCCCCCCCCCUCCAUCUUCCCCGUUCCCCUGGGUCCCCCCCCCUACAGUCUCCGUUCCCUGGGGUCCUUUACAGUCCUCCGUCCCUGGGUCCCCUUACAGUCCCCCCCUCCCCGUCCCGGGUUCCUACACCCCUCAGUCCCUGGGUCCUCCAGCCCCCUCAGUCCCCUGGGGUUUUCCCGAACAGUCCCCCCUCCAAGUCCCCUGGGUCCCACAUCCCCCCCCCUCAGUCCUGGGUCCUUACAUAGUACCCCCCCCCAUCCCCAGUCCUGGUCCCCCUACAGUCCCCCUCAGUUCCUGGUCCCCCCCCCUAACAGUCCCCCCCUCAGUCCCCUGGGUCCCUAACCCAGCCUCCAGUCCUGGGUCCUAA